CGUAGUUCUACUGCCUAGGUUUUUUGUGAGCGUGAAGACGAAGUCGUGCAACUACAAGUAAGUACACGCGACAUAUUUUCCCUUUUAUGUGAUGUAGCAGAAGUUGUGAGAAUGUCGUGUAGAAGAUAUAAGUUUCUGCCUCACCAGUAAAUGCAACACUCUACUGCCAGGAAGCCGUGGCCUUCUCCAGUAGUUAACUUCCACUCCAAUCUUCAAUAAAUCAAUGUGGUGUUUUAUUCUUGUAGGUUGUAGAACUAGAAAAAUUAAAUUACCUUGAAUUGUGACCACGAGGCGAGUCAGAGUCGACUCCAGCUUAUGAUCGUGGAGUUUCUUGUUUCCGAGAAAUCAAGCGUACAUAAAGGAUUUUUCAUCUUUUUGUUUCCGCAUAACAUCCUGUCCUCGUCUGUUGUAGUACCACAAAGAUGCCGGGUCCACGCUUAGGGGAAGCGGGAGAGGAAUUCAUCCGUCUUCUGAGUGAUCUGAACGCUCAGGAUAGGUGCGGGAAAAAUCUGCACCACAAGGAACAUACACCUGGAUAAUCUCGUUUAGCAGGAAGUUUACAGGAGUGUAUUUAUAUGACGCGAAGAAGUUUAUCAAGGAAAAGCUUGUUUUCCUUUUGCUCCAUUACGCAUUGUGGUGCAGUUUUUUCUUUUUCCCAGCAUAACCAUCAUGGCAUUUGAUUUCUCGCACCCCGAGACCGAAGCGCCCGAAAAAGAGGCCUGGCUGCCGGUAUGCAUCUUUUUUUACAGACAGAACUGGAACUCCCCAGCAGGUAAAGAAGUUGAAAUCACAAAACUUGAACUUCAAUCUUGAAACUCGCCACUAUGAUUUGACUUUCAGGCUCUUCUAGACAAGUUUAUGGAGUGCUGUCACAGCGACAUAGACCCUGCGACAGGACGUUUUGCAGAAAAGUACGACGAUGCUAUUCGAGAAACCUGGCGCAAGUACGUCGACGGAAGUACGAAAGUGAGGAGCGCAGCAGACGUCCCCGCAGCAACAUAAACAUUGGUGCUACAUCUUCAGCAUCGGGAUUGCAUAUAAAAACUCGUAUUCUGGUGAGUAGAGUGAGGAGUAUGUACGUAAGUUUGUUUGCCGUUGUUCGCUUGCUGCAGGAGCCCCAGGCAGUGCCAGCACAUGAAAAAGCUGCGCUGUAUCCUGUUAGAGGGUCUACCUAUUAGGUAGUAGGCAAAUUCUUCGUGGAAUAAAAGCUAGCUCGCGUUCAGAAUUCUGUGUCACUGACAGAAGGGACUCCUAUUUUCACCAGAAUAGCAAUUUCGGGAGACCAGAUUGACCUCACGAAAGCGGCCAUGGAAUACUACAGAGUACUGAGGUUGCUGUAUUACUAUUGGUUCAUUCUUGACGCGUGACUGUGAUAGAAGAUGUGUUGAUCCGUGCAUGGAAGUAGAUCGUCAAAAGAACAACACCAGAAGAGAGUCACCUCCGCGCUGCAACAUCUUCAUACAUUCAUUUACGACCACAACAGGCUAUUUGCGAAAACAUCAACGACGGGGGCGAGGAGCUUGCCGAGGACGAGGCGGUCAAGAGCGCGGACGGCUGUGUGGACGUCUUAAAAGCGGCUUGUCUCGAGAACAGAGAGGAUAGGGACGCCGCGAAGGCUGCACUGAAACCUAAGCUUGAAGCGAGUGGCUUCGUGUUUAAACCAGAAGAGCGGAUGUAG